AUGUCGGGGCUGCCCACUAGCCUGGAGCAGCUGCGCCCAGAGCAGAGCACGCUGGAGGCGUCGCGCGCUCGCUUCGUGCUGGGGCUGGACGUGGGCAGCUCUAUGAUCCGCUGCCACGUCUAUGACCGGACGGCGCGGGUCUGCGGCUCCAGCGCGCAGAAGGUAAAAAACCUUUAUCCUCGAGUUGGCUGGGUUGAAAUUGAUCCUGACAUUCUCUGGACUCAAUUUGUUGCUGUAAUAAAAGAUGCUAUCAAAGCUGCAGGAGCACAGACGAACCAGAUUGUUGGUCUUGGUAUAUCCACACAGAGAGCGACUUUCAUUACGUGGAACAGGAAAACAGGAAAUCAUUUUCACAACUUUAUUAGUUGGCAAGACCUAAGAGCAAUUGAACUUGUAAAAUCCUGGAAUAAUUCUCUUAUAAUGAAGUUCCUACACAGUUCCUGCCGAGUGCUGCACUUCUUCACUAGAAGUAAGCGACUCCUAGCAGCCAGUCGGUUCACCUUCACCACCCAGCAGGCUUCUUUGCGAUUGGCCUGGAUUUUACAGAACCUGACAGAGGUACAGAAGGCAGUUGAAGAAGAAAAUUGUUGCUUUGGGACUAUUGAUACCUGGUUGCUAUACAAGCUCACAAAAGGUUCUCAGUAUGCCACGGAUUUUUCAAAUGCCAGUACAACUGGACUUUUUGAUCCAUAUGAGAUGUGUUGGAGCAGGCUCAUUACCUCCAUGAUUUCCGUACCACUCUCUCUCCUGCCUCCCGUGAAGGACACCAGCCACAAUUUUGGAUCAGUGGAUGAAGAGAUAUUUGGUGUGCCUAUACCAAUAGUUGCCUUGGUCGGCGACCAGCAAUCAGCCAUGUUCGGAGAGUGCUGCUUCCAGACAGGAGAUGUAAAAUUAACCAUGGGAACUGGGACUUUUUUGGAUAUUAAUACUGGAAACAACCCUCAACAUACUGUUGGAGGCUUUUAUCCAUUGAUCGGGUGGAAAAUUGGACAAGAAGUUGUAUGCUUAGCUGAAGGCAAUGCAGGAGACACUGGAAGUGCCAUAAAAUGGGCUCAGCAAUUAGAUCUUUUCACAGAUGCUGCUGAGACUGAAAAAAUGGCCAAAAGUUUGGAAGAUUCUGAAGGAGUUUAUUUUGUUCCAUCUUUUAGUGGAUUACAGGCUCCAUUAAAUGACCCCUGUGCAUGUGCUUCUUUUAUGGGUUUGAAGCCUUCUACCAAUAAACACCAUCUUGUCCGAGCAAUACUGGAGUCAAUAGCUUUCAGAAACAAACAAUUAUAUGAGAUGAUGCAGAAAGAGAUCCAUAUUCCUGUUACAAACGUCCGGGCAGAUGGAGGAGUUUGUAAGAACGGUUUUGUCAUGCAGAUGACUUCAGACCUGAUUAAUGAGAAUAUAGACAGACCAGCCCACUUUGACAUGUCCUGUUUGGGUGCUGCUUCUCUUGCUGGCCUUGCUGUUGGGUUUUGGACUGACAAGGAGGAACUAAAGAAAUUGAGGCAAAGUGAAAUGGUUUUCAAGCCACAGAAGAAAUGUCAAGAAUAUGAAAUGAAUAUGGAAAACUGGGUCAAAGCAGUGAAACGCUCCAUGAAUUGGUAUAACAAGACAUAACACUAAAUGAAACAGUCAAGACUGUAGCCGGCUGGUGGAUGCCACCUGCAGAUUACAGUGCUCAGGGAGGACUGGUACCACAGGGACCACAGAGAAGAUUCAAAAUGAGCUUCGCAACCUGGGAGAAAAAGUGUUGCUCUUAAAAAACAAAAACAAAACUAACUAAAAAACACUGACUUUUUUUUUAAUCUUGGUAAAAUUAUAAGGCGGCAGCAAUACCUCAAAACUUCGUCUUCAAUUUUCUAGCAAAUUCCACAGGACAUCAGCCAUUUCCAACUGGAUUUUGACAGUUAUGAGCCCUCCUCUUUUUUAAACUGGGUCAGUGGUACAUGGAACAUAAUUGUUUAGCAUCCGAGAGCUAAUAAUUCUAGGUGAAACACCAUUCACAUUUUGCUCCAAAUUAUCGGAAAAAUAUUUCUUUAAUUCUUUACAACUAAGCGGGCCAAACCAGGCAUAGUGGAGCAUACUUGUAAUCCUGUCUAUUUGGGAGGCUGAGGCAGAAGGAUCACAAG